AUGCCAACAAAAAGCUGGCGCAGCACCCCUGUUACAAAAGGGGGCGUUCCCAGACUGAAAGGGGUUAGGAAGCAGCUCCACCUCCUGGAACACUUCCCAGGACACCGACAUGAGGACUUGCACUGGCAGGAUGCCAGCGAGAGGCCAAGCCGGAGUCUGAGGGACGUGCUGCCAAUGCCAUCCAGAUGGCGCAAGCGGCACUAUGCCACGUCCGUGUCAGUUUGCAUGGCGCAAGUGCUCCAUGGGGUCAUUUCAGGUUGGGAAGAUGGCAUCCAAGUGUGGGGGAAGCAAACCACUUCUAAGAAUCAUUUCAAUGACUCAGCAUCUAAUUAUAUAUCACUUUCAAGUAUUAACAGAAGAGAUAUUUUUGGUCAGACAUUAUUGCAUAGAGCUAUUAUACAAGAUGACAUAGAUCGUGUAUGUGCAGUGAUAAAAGCUGGUGCAAAUGUUAAUGCUAAAGACUAUGCAGGCUGGACUGCUCUACAUGAAGCCAGUUUAGCUGGCUGUUUUGAAGCGACAAAUGAACUUUUAAAAGCAGGUGCUGAUGUUAACUGUAAAGGACAUGAACAAGUAACACCAUUGCAUGAUGCAGUUAAAGUGGGUCACUACAAGGUGGCAGAGUUGCUGCUUUCCUAUGGGGCUGAUCCAUUAUUCAAGCAUGAGAAAGGGAAGUGUGCCUUAGAGGAAGCUACUGACAAACAGAUGAGGAAACUAUUGGAAAGUUACAUAGCUAAGUCUACUAGAAGUUCAACAUCAGACUGCUCGCAUUCUAAGGAAAAGGAGGUAGCUUCUUCCAGUCAGCAGCGGUAUACUAGAGCAGAUAGAAUAAACAAAAGAAAUCCUAAAGGAGAAACCUGUUUGCAUUUGGCAGCCAAAAAAGGAAAUUUGUCUUUAGUGAAGUCUUUAAUAGCAUCUGGAGCAUGUGUAAAUGAAAAAGAUAAUGCAGGCUGGAUGGCAAUUCACAAAGCUUCCAUUGGGGGAUUUGUUGAGGUCUUCUCAGAACUACUAAAGGCAGGCGCUGAGGUGAACAACAAGGGUCUGGAUGGUGCAUUGCCAAUUCAUGAUGCUGUUUCAGGCAAUCACUUUGAGGCAGUACGGUUUCUACUGGAUCAUGGUGCAGACCCUAAUGAGAUAGAUAACAGUGGGGGAAAUGCCAUGGAUAAAGCCACCUGUGAUAAAAUGAAAGAACUUCUAAAGUCUUAUGGUGCUACUGAAACCAAAAAGUCCUCUAAGAUGAAUGAUGUUGCUGGUGGAAGAGUGUUACGCCUUCCUCAAUCUAGAAGAACCCGUCAUUGUUAUGAGUGCUACGGAAAGGAUGACCUGUCUGCAUGCUUCAGCACAACUAGACAGAAAAGUAGGACACAUGAAUCUAUCAGUGAAAUAUUGCAGGAUAUAGAAGAGAAGCAGAAUAAACUUUUACUCUUUGAAUUAAGAAGUCAAAGAGAUGCCGAUUUGUAUAUUCAAGAUCUGUCUCAGAUACAGAGUGUUCUGAAUGAAGUGCUUGCCAAACAGAAGUCAGAAAGGGAUGACAUUGCUAAAAAAUACAGAGCUUCUGUGGAAUCUUUUAAACAGGGAGCACUGAGGGAACAGCUGGUUAAGCUUGUUUCCAGACAAAAGAGCCUUCUGCUUAUGGCGCAAAAACAGAAAGAACUAGGCCAGAAAAUACAAAAUUAUAAGAUGGAAAAGAAUGAAUCCUUAAGUUUGGCAAAACAAAUCCUGAGCGCAUCCAUCUCAUGUGAAAGAAACAGCACAAAAGAUGGUACAUCUGAUAAAACACCGCAGUGCCCUGAUGUGGCCAUGGGCAUGGAAUCCAGCUGGGUCAUGGAAAGCAGCUUUUUAGACCAAGAGCACAACCAGUAUCCAAAUGCAUCGCUGGAUGAAGGAAAUGGAAGAGCAGUUAGGCAAAAUGUUGUUGGGCCUCAUAAUGAAGUCUCCAAAAAGAGGGAAUAUACAAUUGAUACAAUAUCAGACCCGGAGUUUUCCAGUGCUGUGGACCAGACAAUGUUGCCUUCAGAACCUGUUUGCCUUAUCCAGACAAAACAAUCACACCGAAAGGAAACUGAUUGUGACUCAAUGGCCCCAGGAAGAAACACACCUCCAGCUGCAGAACCAGUGACCUGUGAACUAAAUAUUUCUGAAGCGACCAACAUUGCUGUCAGUAGUAUCAAUCAGCCACCGGCAUUGGUUUGCAUUAAUGAGACCUUGCAGCAACGUUCAAGUAUAAAUGAGGCUUACCAAACACAAACAAGAAUAGACUUAGAAUCCAUACACAGCCGUCUUGCCACUUCUCAGAAAAAUAUUUAUCCAAACAAUAGAACAUCACUUAAUGCCAACUUAGAACUUAGAGGGAUUGUUUCUGAUGCACCUUCACCAAGCAGGACCAGUCAGGAUUGUUCUAAUUGCUCCACCAGGCAGGAUUCUGAAAAUCAAUUAAACCUCAAACCAAAUAGAAGGAAAAAAACCCAAUUGCUAGAUCUGAUUGAACAAGGAAAGAUUAAGCCAGGAGAUAAUGUUCUAGAAUUCACACUCCAGGAUUCCAAACACAAAGCUAGCCUUUUGGGAAAUGGCAAAGUCAAAACAGGCAACAACACAGUUUACCAGAGUCCAGUUCAAUGGAUUAAAGCACUUUUGGGAAAUGAUAUUUCUGUAAGCUGGAAAUAUGUGUGGAAUAAGGUCACAUACUGUGGAACUCUGUUAUCAAAAAUCGAUGCUGAAGUUCAUAUUCCUAAGGAACCAUUGCAACAAAAAAAGCCAUUUGAACCUCCCUACCAGCCCAUCUCAUCAAAAGAACUCAGAUUUCUUCAAUUUAACGAAAUGGUGUUAAUAGAGGAUGAAGAACUUCUGCCACAACAUGCAAUGGAUCAGUACUGGAACUUGUAUAUCCAUUGUGAAAAUUUUGGAUUUUGA